CCCAGCUUCAAUCCCUGGUACAGUCCUUCCCUGGACACCAUAACACGCAGCGUGCCUCCUGGUUUGUAACUUGUAGCUGCUCUUGUAAAUGCUCACACUGCAACCUUGGCCAAUCCGCUUGACAACUCCCUGUCUCCUGAGCUUAGCUUUGGUUUCUUGUAGCAGUGGGAGUUCACAAGGAGUUUUGGGAAGCUAGCAAUCCUGUUGCACGACACCAGGUCGGAUGACGGUCAAGGACGUGCUGAGAUGGCGGCUGCCACUCCUGCUGGCAGUCACGCUGGGGCAGUGUUUGACUGUGAAAGCCCUCGAGAAGGACAGUUUCAUGAAGAUGUCCAAGUUGGAAACCCCCGUGCGAAACAUUAAGUGGAUAGGACUCAGCGAUCAGAUUGUGUUUGCACUUACCGUGACAAACCACCUGUGGCGGAGCGAGGAUGGGGGCAUCUCUUGGGUGGACCAAACGGCCACAGACAAGUUGCUCAAGGUAAUGGACGAAACACGCAUCGGCAACCUUUCACCCGUGUCCGGAGUUGCCGACAUCCUUUUCUCCUGGGAUGCCCCUGAGAAGAUCUUCUUCCGGGGCUUUGGCAACUUCCACUGGAUAACGUCCGACUUUGGUCGCAUGUACGAACGGGUGCUGGGGCCAAUCGGACAGACCGGAAUGGUCACAUGGCGGCAGCACCCGACUGAAACGGAGUGGCUUCUGGUUAUUGCUGUCAGAUGGAGCUGUUGGGGCGCAUCAGGGCCGCCCUGCGGAAAUGACCUUUUCGUGACCAAGGACUUCGGACGCACCUGGACCAACCUCACGGACGCUGCCCAGGAUCGGAUCCUGACCUUCGUCGACUUCGACUGGGGCUGGAGCAAGGUCGGGCCGCACCCACCGGGUUACACGAAAGAAACCAUCAUUGCGAGCGUGUACCAGAAUACUGCUGACGUCAGGAACCACCUGGCGGGGCGCGGGAGCAACGGGUGGGACCCCUUCACGGACUUCGUCCGCAGCGACGAUCUCUUUCGGACGCACCGGACCGUCGUGCGCUGCGGCGCGCAGUUCGAGGUGGCCAAUGGGCUGCUCUUCUUGGCCGUAGCUGCACAUUGUCGGCAGACUGGCCAGGCUGAGCCGCCCCCAAAUAACGGCGUCAACCUUUUCACCAGCAGCGACUAUGGCGCAACGUUCACCGAGUCAUGCUUCCCAGACUCGCUGGGCGAGCAGGGUUACAGCGUGGUCGAAGCAAACAACGACACCGUUUUCGUCAACGCCGCGUACUCGCAGCAGGGCCGCACGGGCCUGUACGGCAACCUGUACAGUUCGGACGCCCGCUUUACGCUGUACGGACUCAGCCUCAAGGACAACCACCGGACGGCGUCCGCAGCGGUUGACUUCAUGCGCGUGCAGGGUUUGCCGGGCACAUACGUGGUCAAUCAGGUUGACUCCGGCAAUGGGGGUCGCCUGCCUCCGGGCGCGCCCCAUAAGGGCGACUCAAGCGCCCCCAACCUGGUGACGAAAAUAAGCUUCAACGGGGGUUCCAGCUGGAGCCUACUGACCCCCCCGAAUGAGGACUCCAGUGGUGUGCCCAUUGUGUGCCCCGGUUGUACGCUCCACUUGCACGGCGCGAGCUCCUGGCAGGGCAGCGGCAACAUGCCGGGCUUCGCGUUCGUGUAUUCACACCCGUCCGCGCCCGGCGUGCUCAUGGGAACCGGGAACGUCGGCCAGUAUUUGUACCAGAACGGGGAGGUGAACACGUACGUGUCGGGGGAUGCGGGGCGCACGUGGAUUGAGGUUGCGCGGGGUGCCCACAUCUACGAGUACGGCGACUAUGGCGGGAUCAUUGUAAUGACCAAGCACUAUCUCAACGGGCCCACUAACGAGGUCAUGUACUCCCUUGACGAGGGCAUCAGCUGGGAGGUCUCCCAGUUCGCGGACUCCCCGAUGGACGUGUUUAACAUCCGGGUCGAGCCGGAUAAUGCGGCGCUCAAGUUUCUGAUUCAGGGGAAGGAUUCCAGCACCGGGGAGGGCCUCGUAGUUGCGGUGGAUCUGAACAAAGUGACGAGCUACCGGUUUUGCAAACCGGACGACUACGAGUUCUGGACGCCCACGCUGGGCGGGCAGUGCCUGCUGGGCCAGAUCCUGCGCAUCCACCGCCAGAAGCCGCUCGUCAAGUGCUGGAACGGCGAGGCGUAUGUGCGGCAGCCCACCUCUAGUUCCCCCUGCGCCUGCUCGGUGGCCGACUACCAGUGCGACUUUGGGACCGUGCGCGACGACCGGUUCAUCAUCGAGACGGACCGGGGGGUCUAUCCCAAGUGCGUCAAGAUCCCCGGGGUGGACCCGGGGCAGUGCCCCAGCGUGGCCGCGGGGGGGUACCGCUUCAGCGAAACCCACCAGCGGCUCAACCCGGGCGACCCCUGCACGGAUCCCCCCUUCGAGAGCGGCAAAUUCGUAAACGGGGGGCCGAUUCCGACCUCCACUUCGUCGGAAGGGGGGGGUAGUUCGUGGCCGGCGCCCGCUUCGCGGAGGGGGGGCUUCCCGGGUUGGGCGACGGUCAUUGUGGUGGUGCUAAGUGUUGCGUUGGUUGGAGGGGGGACGUUGACGAUCAUGAUCCAGCAGGGACGGAUACCCGACCGGUGGUUGGAGCACAUUCCGUUUAUACAACGGCUCCGGUACGUCAACAUGCGGAGCAACUUCCAGUCGCUUGCAGACGAUUUCGGUUUCGAUUUCGAGGAUGCGGACGAGGCACGUCCAGCAUGACUGUGCACUUUGUAUAUACGUUUCGUCGUCCGGCUCGCUCUUAUAGAAUGCUGUGUGCAGUGCCGUUGAUUGGUUCGUGGACACCUUCAAUGUGUUGCAUUUUGAUCAAGCUGGUGUGCACACCCACUUCAAGUG